GGGAGAGGGAGAGGGAGAGGGGAGGGUGCCGGAAAGCACUCACUCACCCGCGGAUCAUGGACAACUGAACCACAGAAAGGAUCGCAGGGAAGAAAUUGAAAGAUUUGGCCGCGGGGUGUGAACGGUGGUGUGGCCAAAGAUUAGAAAGGAAGAAGGAGAAGGAGGAAAGGAGGAAAGGAGGAAAAAACGGCCGAGUUUAGUGUAGUGGUUAUACUGGGUCGGGUGGUGGCCUGCGGGCAAGACCUGCUGGACGUACCAGCGGUGACCAUUUCGCCCGCGGGAACCGAUUCGGUCUAGUGAGAACACGGUGUGAGGAGGUGGAGGUGCCUCUGCCCGGACCAAAGGACAGGCCACGUGUGUUAUUAUUGCCAGGAACACCCCGCCCUUACUUUGUACUUCCUGCCGAUGUACUUUAGACCUCGUGUGUUUCGUGCGUCAACUGAGUUCAUAAGGGCACAAGGAAGCAAAAGAGACACCUGGGAGAUGGGACCACUACAGUUGUGCCUGACGGAGGAGAGACAUGAGGGUGCACAGUGAGGGCGCCACAGGGGGAUGUUAGUGGCCCCGCGCAGUGUUGAGUCGCCCCCGGCGGCGUGCAAGAUGGUGACGGCAGACGGUACGCCUCUGGUGGAGACAUGCGUUCUCCUCCCAGCAGAGUUUGCUCUCAAGGUGGAAACGCAGCCCAGAGUGGCGUCGUUCCUGCACCUUCUGCCUCAGCUGGCUCCGAGGAGCCACCUGUCACGGCCCCUCUUGGACCACCUGGGCCCGCCGCCCUUCCCCCCGGUGCCGCCUCAUCUCGGCCCCCUCGCUCCAGCUUUAAACCCUUUAGGGGCACCACUGAACCGUCUCACAGCGCCGCCCGCAGAGGACUGCAUUCAGGUGUGUGCCACGCGCCACCUGCCGCCCCACACCCGCUACCUCCCCUUCAGCGGCACCGUUAGGACGGACAACCUGCCUCUCGUGCCCUGUUUGGCGCCCAUGGACCCGAGGCAGCGGUACGGCGGCUAUGACGAGGUGUGUCAGAGAGCGGCGGGAAGGGUGAGGCUGUGUAACUGGGUCCGCUUCGUGGCCCCCGCCCUGCACUUCACGCCCCAGGUCAACAUGGUCGCCUCCAGGGUCAGAGGCUCUGUGGUGUUCGAGGUGGUGCGGGAGGUGUCGCCUGGAGAGCGGCUGGUGGCUCUGUUGCUGCCGGAGGUGGGCGGGGAAGACGUGCUGCUGAUGCCAGCCCUCUCGCUUCUCCGUUCCUCCCUCUACCGCCGCACCAUUGACUCCAUCAUGUCAGAGGCGCCCCUUGACCUCUCGCGGUCCCUCCUCACCUCUCCGCCAUCGCCACCUCCAGGGUUCUACACAGGCAACGCCAAACGGAAGCCAGAGGAACUCUCGCCCCGGCGCUCGCCCUCACCACAUUCACCAACCUCCACCUUGGUUUCUGUGGCUUCUUCAUUCUUCCCCUUAAGAAAGCCUGAAGCCAGCGUGUUCUCUCGUGAAGCAGUGACUCCCGGGAGAUCCCCGUUCUCUCUGAGCCUGUCGCCACAAACAUCAGUGUCGGCCUCCAGCAGAAGUGUCGGCUUUGCGACGCCUUCCAACAAUGCCAUCACCUCGCUGCCUCGCUCCAGCGAGGCACAACUGACCAUCACUCCCACCAAGCGGCGAGAGCGGACGAUGCUGCCGUGCUCGGAGUGCGGCAAGGCGUUUGACCGGCCGUCGCUACUGAAGCGACACAUUCGAACCCACACAGGGGAGAAGCCCCACGCGUGUGACGUGUGCGGCAAGGGGUUCUCGACGAGCUCGUCGCUGAACACCCACCGGCGGAUCCACAGUGGCGAGAAGCCCCACCAGUGCGGCGUGUGCGGCAAGCGGUUCACCGCCUCCUCCAACCUCUACUACCACAAGAUGACGCAUGUCAAGGAGAAGCCACACAAGUGCUCGCUGUGCACGCGCUCCUUCCCCACCCCAGGUGACCUGCGCUCCCACAUGUUCGUGCACAACGGACAGUGGCCCCACAAGUGCUCCAUCUGUGGCAAGGGCUUCAGCAAGCUCACCAACCUGCGCAACCACGCACUCCUGCACGCAGACGUGAAGAGGAACGACUCUUCGCUGGGGUCGGCGCCUCCUGACGUCACCUCUUCUGCCUCAGAGCCUCUCUCAGCCACGCCCACCACGUCCUUCUUGACUCCCUCCACAUCACAUUCCGUAAUAUCCACUCUAUCUACCGUGACGUCCUCUCCUAACACAUCUCCGUCACCCCCUCCCUCAUCCACGCCGCCACCCUCUUGCACAAUCCCUUCAGAGUCACACUCUGCUCCUUCCUCCUCACCAACGUCCACGCAAGAUGACCGUCACCAUUCCGAAGAAGCUUCCUCCCGCGUCGUCAUAACCCCAGUCACCAGCAGUGGCCCCUCGCCACCAAGAACCAGCUCCUCUCGCCCUUCCCCUGCAGCAGCGCCCACCACCUCGUCCGUAUCAGGAGACGCGAAAAGAGCCUCCUCCAGCACGUCACAGAGCCACACCUACACGCGGUUCUUCCUGGAUGACCUGCUACAUUCGCCCAGGAGCCGCGCCUCGUCUGCAGAAGCAUCAGUGCUGCGGAAACACGAGGAGACUUUCUCAUCCACCGAGGGAAACACGAAAGAAAGCAGUGCAGAUAAGGUCACGGCGGAAGAAAAGGAAAACGAUAACGAGGAGAUACAGAUCAUUGACGACUCUCCCGCCUGUGAAGAGACGAGAACAAGGGAGCAGGACGCCGCCAGCAGGUAGCGCCACCGCCUGACCGGAGUUUCGAUCGCACCUUCCCUUCCGACAGCUCCUCUCGUUUCCUUCCCGUAGACUCGUGCUUGUAUAGCUUUACCUGUUACUUGGAGCUUUAAACUAGAGGUGUACCAAAACGAGAUUAUUAGAAGAGGAGAUAUAUACAAAAAUACUUGCGAGAGAUUAGUUUUUAUCUAUGUAUAAGACGAAUCGUGUAGGUUUUGUAGGGUAGAAAUCAUUAUUACUUUUUUUUUCUCGUUAAAAUUUUGUCUGUGUUCAUAUCGAGUCUUGUCCAUCGCAGUGCGGCAUUUCAUCGUCAAGGGAGCUACUUCAUUGUUGAGGUUUAUUACUGGUAACACAUAGACAAACUAAGUGACAGGCAGACAACAUGAAUAUAUCACACACACACACACACACACACACACACACACACACACACACGGUAGCUCAGUAGUUAGAGCGCUGGCUUCACAAGCCAGAGGACCGGGGUUCGAUUCCCCGGCCGGG